AUGUAUCUGUUGGCUCUGAGGCCACUUGGGUCACUAUCCAGGGGAGUGACCGAUGUAGCCAUCCCGGAAUACACCUCCGAAACCGCGGCCGUAGGGCCGAAGACCAGGGCGGCCAAGGCCAAGGACGAGUCGUCCGCGCUGAUGGAGGCCACGAAGGCGGCCGAGGAGGUGGUGCGCUCUCGUAGCAGCACGCCGGAGAGUGGCCGUCAGGCCGGGGCUCGGAGCAAGUCUCCUGACGCCGCGCAAGGCAAGGAGGAGAGUCCUCGGGGCCAUAAAAGCCCGGCUCGCGACUGGGAAGCCGCCGUCUUUGACUGCACGAUGGUCCAGUACUCCGGUGAGAGUUCACCCGACGACGAGAACGUCUCGGAGGGCAGCACGCAUGCUGCCGAAGGCACAGAGCUGGCGGCAGGCGACAUGACCAACGCCUCGGCCGACGCAAAGGCCUCGUCAGAGAAGGAGGCGGAGGACGCCGAGUCCGGCUCAGGCGACAGCAAGCAGUCGCACGACGAAGUCGCCAUGGCCGACGCUGGGGUUGUGGCCGAGAAGUCGCCGAGCGACGCGGGCUCCAAGCCCAAGGAGGUGCUGGCAUCCAAGCAUCUGACGCUGGCACAAGGUCGUGAGCGUGCCCAAGCGUCGAAAGCGGCUACCGCUGCGAAGGCCGCCGAGGCCAAGGCGAAGAAGCGUUCAGCUUCCAGGUCGCCUCGCGGCUCCAGCUCCAAGCUGUUCAUCGACUCGGAGUCUGAGGACGAGGAGGGUGCCGUCCACGAGCCCAAGGAGCUCUCCAACAAUCUCGACGAGCAGCAGCAGCAAUACCACGCUGCUAGCUCGGGUGCGUAUGCCAGGCAGCCGACUGCCACGACUGCCAUCGAGUCUUCUUCAGGCGGGGAUGCCACGUACCCGCAGGGCUACUUCCCACCCGAGCCUGGCACUUGUGCGCCAGCGCUGUUCGAGAAGCUCUCGGCUCCUCGUGGCCUUAUCGGCGGGUACACCUCGAGAGGUUCCUAUGAGCGUGCUCUUGUUGAGAAAGAGCCACUCUUUCUUGGCGACCUUGAAGUCGCCCGGUGUGUGCUACUAGCACCACACAAGCUCACACUGAAGGAGUUCACCACGCUUCGCAACAAGCCGGAGGACAAGGGUGGACUCCAUCCUGUGUGGGGUUUCCACUGGGUCAAGCCGAAUGACAACAUGACCUGGAGCGAGGUGGAAGACCUCUUCUGGCGCUACGUCCAGCGCAAAGGGUAUUCCGACCAAGAGUUCAAAGAACUCCGUGAGGAUCGCACUCUGUCCGCAAUCCUGGACGUGCGCGAGCUCCGCAUCGAGUUCGCUCAACUCGUGAGCAAGCGCAAGCUCCACUCGAAAAUGGACAAGCUGAAGCAAGAGGCGAGAGCCAAAGCUCGUGAAGAGCGUGGGCGUGGUGCGACUACGUCUGCUACCGUGCCCCGGGUACCGGCCAAGAAGCCAAGGACUACUACGAAGCUGCCGCUGCUUCUCGUCCCAUAUCGCAACAGCCUUCGGGCAGUCUGCGUGGAGCUGCUCAACGGGCUCCCACGAGUUAUCCGACUCAGGGUAACCCCUCCACUUCACGAGCAGCUGGCGCUUGCAUGGAGCCGCCGCUCCCGGACGACUCGUUCCACGUGUCAGGUGGUGGCCCUGCAGCAAGAGGAGAUUCGCCUUCUCCGGGACCGUGUGUACGUCCUCGAGAUCGCGCUUGGCGUCGGCCUUGGUGGCGAGGCUGCCGCUCGUGCUGGUCAGCCUGGUGCCGUGGAGCGGCUCCGUGAGGAUGUUGCCUCGCUCUAUCAAGAAACUCGCAGUCUCCAUGGCCGUGUGGAUCGUCGAGCCGACCUGUCGUCUUACGGCUCGCUGCGAAACCAGCUCGCUGGCCUUCGGGCCGAGCUUCAUGGCCACGCGCCGUAUCCGGAGCAGCAGCAGCCCCACUCGUAUCAGGCCCAGUUUGGCCAGGGCUCGUACGGGGCCCCUGCGUAUGCUGCUCCGAUGUACGCCGCGCCGUCUUACGACCAGCGCGCGUAUCAGGCGCCUUACCGCGACUCGACGCCGCGCUUCGAGGAGCUGCGCUCUUCGCCACCGGGCCACCCGCCGCUUCCUGCGGGGCAGCCAGACCCAGAGGGCCAUGGUACCUCUUAA